AUGGCGAUACGCAACUUUAUCGUGCGCCGAGGCACACCAGCCGUGUUUUAUAGUGAUAGGGGAACGAACUUCAUUGGUGCCGAGCGGGAACUGAAGCAAGCACUAUUAGCGUUAGACCAACAUCGAAUGGCUCAGGAGUUCGUGUCGUCAACUACCACCUGGCGUUUCAAUCCGCCGGCAGCACCCCACAUGGGUGGAAGUUGGGAACGACUCGUGCAGUCCGUCAAACGCACCUUGUCGGAGCUCCGUUUGCUCCGCCGUCCGUCAGAGGAAGAGCUGAGAAACGCGUUAACCGAAGUCGAGGGCGUCCUGAAUGCACGGCCGCUUACCCACGUACCUAUAGAGGAUGACGCGGCCCCGGCACUGACUCCAAACCACUGGCUACUGGGGAGUUCAGACGGAUCCAAACCAUGGACUGAUUUGAACGUGAGUUCAUUAGCUUUAUAUCGUGGCUGGCAUCUAUCCCAGCAAAUAGGCAACCACUUCUGGAAAAGAUGGCUCCGGGAGUAUCUUCCGGAAAUAACCAGGCGUACCAAGUGGCAUCGAGCUGUGCCUCCGACCAAACGAAACGACAUCGUGCUUAUCGCAGACCCGGAUCUCCCAAGGAACUGCUGGCCGAAAGGACGGGUCAUUGGUGUAGUCAAUCGCGAUGGACAGGUACGAACCGUAACCAUUAAAACGGCAACUGGUGUGUAUGAGAGACCAGCCGUGAAGGUGGCAGUGCUUGACGUGAAAGGAAACGAAGAGUUAGCUGACUCAGAGGCGGAGUCAGCGAACUGGGGAGGAGUGUCAUCGGAGCCUCCAGUAUCUGUAAGCACCUCCCCAUAG